AUGGCGGCCAAGUCCUCGCACUCGCACGUGAAGCUGGAGGGGGAGAUCGAGCGGUGCCGGGCGGAGGGGCACUGGGGGCAGCUCCGGCAUCUGGCUCAGCAGCUGCGGCCGCCUGCACGGCCCCCGCGCAAGGCGGCGGUAGGCGCGCAGGACGCGGAGGACUAUGGGAGUAUGCUGCUUGCAGAAGCUCUGCUGGAAGAAUGUUUGAAGGAAAACUUUGCCAAACUGAAGGACUGUAUUCCACUGACAGAGAAGAGUGAGCCAAAACUAAGUGAAGCUAAACAGUGUCUGACCAAUAUCUUAAUCAGAGGAAAACUACGACCUAAGUAUAUGACAGAAGCUAUGCUGAUCUUAGGAAAGCUUCAUUAUGUGGAGGGAUCCUACAGAGAUGCCAUCAGCAUGUACGCACGAGCAGGAAUUGAUGACCUCUCAACAAAAGAUGAACCUCUGUACAUGCUGCGUUUGGUAACUGAAGCCUUUGUUAUUAAAGGUCUGUCACUGGAGCGCUCAACCAACUCCACGGCCUCACGUGCUCGAUUGUGUGAAAGGGAGGAGGAAGUCAUGGCUUGUUUUGAGACGGCAUGUGUCAUUGCUCAGGUGUACUUGCAAGAGCUUGAAAAGAACACACAUUCAAGGAGUAUCAAGGGCAGCAAUGUGACUUACUCUGAGUUUGAACUUUCCUACUUCUUAGAAGCAGCUCUACAGAGUGCCUAUGUGACUCAUUUAAAGAAAGGAAAUAUUGUAAAAGGAAUGAGGAGUCUGCGAGACAUACUACGGACUGUGGAAACAAGAGCUACUCAGACCUUCAAAAUGACUGCAGCCAAACAGCUAGCCCAAGUACUUCUCCAUUCCCUCAGUGAAGACUGUUACUGGAGUCCUUUAUCUGAUCCGCUUCCGGAGUUCAUGAACAAGGAAGAUCAGUCUUACAUUAGCAAUCUUCUAUGUCGGAGGCCCGAGCUGUACACAGAAGAGAAUGCAUACUGCCCUCAGGACAACGUAGAAGAGGCUCUCCUUCUCCUCUUAAUCAGUGAAUCCAUGGCGAACCGGGACGCAGUGAUCAGCCGAGCCCCAGAGCAGCAGGAUGACCGAGCUGUCAGCCUCCGAGAUGCUUCUGCAGUCUACGACCUCCUCAGCAUCACGCUGGGCAGAAGAGGGCAGUAUGUCAUGCUCGCAGAGUGCUUGGAGAGAGCCAUGAAGUUUGCAUUUGAUGAAUUUCACCUCUGGUAUCAGCUUGCCCUGUCCAUGGUGGCUUGUGGAAAGUCAGCAUAUGCUGUGUCAGUGCUCAAAGAGUGUGCUAAACUGCGACCUACAGAUCCCACCAUUCCUCUUCUGGCUGCCAAGGUCUGCAUUGGGUCACUGCACUGGCUGGAAGAAGGAGAACACUUUGCUAAAAUGGUGAUAGACCUGGGUGAGGAUGCUGGAGAGUCUCUAGCAAAGGGUUACUUGGCACUGGGCCUGACAUACAGUCUUCAAGCUACUGAUGCUACUCUGAAGGGCACUCAGGACGAAUUUAACAAGAAAGCACUUCAGACUUUGGAGAGAGCACGUGACUUGGCCCCAGAAGAUCAUCAAAUCAUCCUCUACCUGUCACUGCAGCUGGCUCUUGUCAGACAGAUUCCUGAUGCUAUAGAGCAUCUUCAAGAAGCGCUUCAACUGUGCAAAGAUGACAUGAAUUCACUUCAUCUAUUGGCUCUCCUCUUUUCAGCUCAGAAGCACUAUCAGCAUGCACUGGAUGUUAUCAACAUGGCUGUUGUUGAGUACCCAGAAAGCUUUAGCUUACUGUUCACCAAAGUAAAACUGGAAUGGAUACAUAAAGGACCUGAAGAGGCUCUGGUGACGUGCAGACAUAUGUUGCAGAUGUGGCAGAUGGUAUAUAAUGUUUUACAGCACAGUGACUCUGACAAAGGAAGUAGUGCAACCGAAACACCAGUGAUCAAAAAGCAUAACGGACUACAUCUCACACUCCCGGAUGCUCAUGAUAAUGAUUCUGGAUCACAGCGAGCUUCUUCCCUUGCUGCAUCAAGACUGGAACAGGCCAUGUCCGAAAUCACUAUGCAGAGCAGUGCGAUGAAGCAAGGACCAAUGCAGCUGUGGACAGCUCUUGAACAAAUAUGGUUACAAGCUGCUGAACUCUUCAUGGAACAACAGCAUCUCAAAGAAGCCGGCUUUUGUAUCCAAGAGGCAGCUAGUCUUUUCCCCACAUCUCAUGCUGUACUGUACAUGCGUGGGAGGCUUGCAGAAAUGAAAGGCAAUUUGGAGGAGGCUAGGCAAUUGUAUGAUGAAGCACUCACAGUGAAUCCAGCUGGAGUGGAAAUUAUGCACAGCCUGGGCCUGGUGCUGAGCAGACUUGGGCGGAGGGACCUGGCCCAGAAAGUCCUCAGAGAUGCCAUCCAGAUCCAGACCACCAGUCACAGGGCCUGGAAGAGCCUUGGAGAUGUCUUGCAAGCUCAGGGUAAAAAUGAAGCAGCCAUCGAAUGCUUCCUCACCGCUCUGGACCUCGAAUCCAGCAGUCCUGUCAUCCCAUUCACUGUCAUACCCAGAGAGCUUUGAAGUUUUGCCCUGCAGCUGAACACUUUCAUUCCAUGGACAGACACGAAAAACAAGAAAAUAAAGAAGAAGCCCAAUGGAAAAGUGCCAUUGUAACCUGGAACUGCGCAAAAUAAUUCCAGGAUGGGGCUCAGGUCUACAGGCUUUGCUGAGACAGGCCUAACUGUAGAAGAGUUUGCAACAGGCAGAAACAGAGAAUGCCUUUUUCUUCACAGGUGCCUGGCUAGCCUCCUGUUCAAGUUAAUAGCAAGGCUUAUUCCAAGAUGUUGGUUCAAGGUGACUGUCUGUAGAAAGAUCAGGCAAGAGUACAGCUGUUCAAAGCACUUGCACCUUCCAGUUUUUGUUAAAGAUAAAACCCUCAAGCCCCGAAUUAAAGCCCAGACUCACUCUAAACAGGAGUAAAUGCACCAACUAACUUGACCAAGUUGUGCUUAAGCAUGUGGUUGCCUCUACAGAUUGGGCAGGGCAGGACUGAUAAUUAAACCAUAUAGGCACGCAGUAUAUGCUGUUUACAAAAUUAUUUCAGCUAUUUUUCCUGCCUUGUUCUUAUGUACUGCAUAUGCUCACCAUAUUUAGUGUGGCGCUUGCCUGGACCAAUUUAAAUUAAACAAAAUAUAUUUUUUGAGCUGCUAUUGCAGUAUGAUUCACAGAAGCAGAAAAACCAAAGAGCAAACCAGUUCACACUUGAACCAGUAUUAAAAACAUACGUGUAUCUCCAAUUAUAUAUUUCUUGAAAGGCCUUACAUCAAGUAUGUAGUUAUAAACUCAGCAGCUGAUUAACUGCUAUUAAUCACCUAUCACAUUACUUUUAGUGAGGAAUAUAGCAGUCACCAGUAUAUAGUGACUGAACUCUGUAUUCUACUCCAUUUCCAUUCCUGGCACAAAACAUCUUCAUGCCUGUCUUUUUAUGACACAAAGAUAAGCAGUAUUUUAAGGGAAAAUAUGCUGAAGUGUGUACACACUUGUUUCUUAAAAACCAAAUCUUUGAAUUGUCUGUAAAAAUUUCACGUGAGAGGUACAGAACUGAGCCUUCAGCAAAGUGGGAUCAUUUUGCGUUAUCUUCUCAGAUGUAAGAGUGAAAAGCUGAUCUGGGUGGCCUCCCCAUGGCUGGCGCAGCCAGGGCUGGGGGAUGCAGCUGGCAUACCCGCUGUUCAGCUGCCCCUUAGCUGUGCUUGACCUCCCUGGAGCCUCAGCAACGAAGCUGUACCCUGCUGUCACAUGACACAGGACAGCUGGCCCCAUCCAGAACAGUCCCAAGAUGAAGAUGAUGCAGAAAUGAGCUGUGGGCACUUUUCUAUACAAAAGGUUAGGGCUCUACGCCCGUUUCUGUCCAAAGAAGUUUUGUGACUAUUUCAUAAGUAGGUUUGCACUAAAACACACUUUGUACGAUAACUCUGUCGAGUAUUGUGAUCCACAGCUAGUUCAUUCCAGAAAUAAUAACAUCCUCAGGCAAUAAAUGAGUAGGGGUUAUUUCUUAAAGAGCCUGAGGCUCUGUCAGCAGCUCAAAGUCAGCGUUGUUUACAAUCAUUUGGAAAAGUGCACGCUGAUGGAGCGGUGGGGCCCUCACCCUGCUCCCCAGCCACACCAGCACAGAGCUCCAGCCGCCCUUUCCUGCCCAUGCCAAGCGAGGUUACGCUGCCCCUCAGGUUUCUCUCAGCAGCCUGUGGCACUCCUAGGCCAAUAGUUUUGAGAGUUUUUUCCCAUUAAAUCAUGCUGGUGCAGCAGCCUGGAUUGUUCAUCUGUUCACCAAGGGAUGCAGGGUGAAAGCAGCCCAGACAUGAAAGUUGCUCAGCAAGCACACAAAGUUUCUGUCCUUCCCGUGCCACAUGGGCACCAAACCAGGCUUUUUAGGCCAGAGGCAGGUUUCCAAGGAGACAGCGUUACCCGGGCGCAUUUCUCAUUUGCAAUAGCACCAGCAGCAGAGGAGGGAGUAGGUGUUACAUGUACCAGAAUUAAAUGAGUUUCACAAAGACAAAAAGAUGCAGCAGAAACCAGUUUUGCUGUGAAGUUGCCUUGCUCUGCACUGCAGGUGGGAAAAGGGGAAGGGGAGGGUGGUGUUGUUGACAUAACAUGUAAAUCGUUACCCAGGUGUUCUAAACCCAGUUCUCGAGCCAGAUGCAAUCUGACAAUAGACUUCAGUAGAUUAUCUGUACAGGCAGAUGUGAUAUUCCAGUAGUUGUUCUACUCCACAGCUCCUGAGGUGGGAGCAAGCCUUCUGUUUAAGAUACAAAAAAAGAGUCAAUGUGGCCCAACAUCACCACUUCCUUCUUCAAGGUAUAUCUGUAAAGCGCUGCCACAGCAACCUCUGUGUCCCAGACAGCUGUUUGAGUACGAGCUGAGCAUCCCCCUCUGCGACUGAGGAACCACUUUAAGAGGUCUCUAACGUCACUGGUCUGUGACCUGGCAGGAGGUUACUCACAGAUGCAUUUACUUCUGCAUACGCAUCUUGUAAAGAGCCACCAGCCCCUCAUAUCUGUUGCCAUUGGAUAAACUUCAUCUCAGCACUAAUCAGACUUGCCACAGCACUCAUCUUCCUAGGAUAGGGGCAAACAUGCAAGAGCACUUCACAUGCAUCAGCUGGUUAAGUAUUGCCAGACUGGUCCCAUGUGCAUUAACAAGCACUAUUGGCAUUGGAGUUGCAGUUCCGAGAGCCUCUGCUGCAGGUGUGGCAAGGAAGACAACAAGUACAUGCCAUCAGCGUUGUUAGGAAUGAGAGCGGCAUAGCACAGCAAACACAUCAGUUGCAAAGUACUUUGCAUGCAUGCCAGACUCAGUCCCAAGAUUUGCUGUGCACUUCCCAGAGGAUAUGAAGCACAUGUUGGCUGAAGAGGUGUUAGGUUGGCCUGAAGUGCAAUGCACAGUGCAGGAAAGAGAGUGGUUGUUGCAGGCUCAUAAGGGUUUUGGGAUUAAACCUCUAUCUACUCUUGUUAGUAGUGUUCAACAAAAUAGAAGCCUUCCCAAGCUCACAUGCUACCUCUGUUCUUCAACAUGGAUUUUGUUCAUGCUUACAGGUACAGAAGAACAAAGACAACUGCUUCAGCAAGCCUUUGUAUUGUAUUUAUUUAGAUAGCAAUGUUGAUAAACCUAAUAGGCCUACUUCCCUGAGCUCAGUAAUACUGCUUUGUAUAGCAGGGACCACAAUGCUCAGGGUUUGAAACUAACAUAAGAUUGACAUGCCAUCCCUCACAGGGUUAUUACAGAUGACCAUAAGCAAUGGAAGUUUGGGGAACAGUAAGUGAAAUAUCUAUUCUGCGAGUUUUAGCACUGGCUUGAGUCCAACAGAGUUUUCUCCUCAGUUUAGAAAGAGGAAGAGAAAAAAAGGCAUUGUUGCCUAAAGGAUCCAGGUAUACACCCAGGUUCCUCUUAUUCCAUCACUAGGUUGUUUUCCUUUGUGUUGAUAGGGUGCAUACAAAAGAAGAAUAAUUAGCUUCUAAUUUUCUGUUGUGCAGUGAAGGAGUGGUGUUUGCCGUUGCCUUUGGCCAACAGGAAGGUUUGUGUAUUCUAACAAAAAUGACUCUGCCUCCAGGAUAACAGGAGGAGAAGCCCGAUGGGCCAGGGAACAACUCCCAUCGCUGCCUUACCCCAUGUAAACUGUCAUUAGCUCCACUGGAGCUGUUGGUAGUUAUGAGUGUUUCCUCCAGCUGAGUUUCUGCCCACCAGUGUACUGGUUCUGUACCGGGAGUACGAGGGAGCUGCCAUGCUCCUGUGCUGCACAAGUACACCAGUCCGUUUCUAUUGGUAACAGUUCAUGCUACUGAUUAUCACAAUGCUUCAGAAGUGCUAAUUAUCUUUUCUUGGUAAUGACUAAUAAAUCCAAAUGGAGAACAGUCCUGGAGGGUGUUUACUUUAAAAUUCACUGGCUGGGUACCAAAGUAGGCACAGCACUGGCUGCUGCAAUUUGAAUUACAGUUAUUUUAUUCAAAAAAUGUUCCAUUUUCAUAGACUCUCGGUGAAGAGAGAAUUUGACUGGUUUGGUUUUCAUUUUAAUGACAGCAGAGUGGGAAACAAUCCUUUUCAGUGAAAAGACAUCACUGCCAUGAUCUUUUUUCAGCCAAAGCGAGAGCGAGGUUUGAUGGCUGCAGUUGGGCCCAGGAGAGGAAGGCUUCCCGCAGCAGCUCUGUGCUGCAGCGGUAACUGCCUCCCAUGGAACUGUGUUAUGGGCAGAUUUGGCAGUUAUACAACGAGCAUGUGUGGCUGAGAUCGUUCUCCCUCCCUCAAAAUGUCACAUAUGUGGCUAAGGGGAGCUGCUUUAUGCCCAAGGGGACGACUGCAAGUGCCCAUCAGCACCCCCUCCUUCCUGCUGGUUUAACCAGCCCUCCCGACUGUUCACCAAGCCUGACUCCAGGCAAUGGCUUCCCUGCUGUUAAUUUUUUGUUUAUGAGUUCCCAUCGGAUAAAGAAUUAUUUUAAUGAGUUCUUUUCUUAGAAAUGAGAAGCAUCCACCAGUUUGGUGAUGCUAGCAGAAGGGGAGGUAACCACUUGCCCGGGAGAUAGUUGCUCUGACUUUGCCUUUAAUGUUUGGCUCGCACUUCCAGCUCCAGCAAACCAAGGCAGGCUCCCAAGAAACAGUGUGCUAAAUAUCCAGCUGGUUUCCCCACAGAAGCACGUGCCAGUCUGGAGCUAAAACCACUGACAGGUGACAGGGCAGCACUGCAGAGUGGCCCAUGGUGACACCAGCUGAUGAGAGGAUCCCCAAGCCGAUGCUCACAGAGGUGCUGCGCUUCCCCACGCACCAGUGUUUCCCACUCACGGCUGCAGCACUGUUAACGGUUUUACGUGUAACUUAGCUGGAUUUUGCCACUGUAAGAUGUUUUGAGCAGGUGAAUAAAAUUGACCUUGUGGAAAACAAAACAAAAAAAAAGCU